AGUGAAGAUCUACAUUCCAGCUUGUAUUUUGUCAAUGCAUCUCUGCAAGAGGUAGUGUUCGCCAGCACCACAGGGACGCUGGUGCCCUGUCCCGCAGCCGCUGUGCCUCCAGCCACGCUGCGCUGGUACCUGGCCACCGGCGAAGAGAGCUACAACGUGCCUGGGAUCCGCCACGUGCACCCCAACGGCACCCUCCAGAUCUUCCACUUCCCUCCCUCCAGCUAUAGCAAAGUGAUCCAUGACAACACCUACUAUUGCACCGCCGAAAAUCCUUCAGGGAAAAUCAGAAGCCAGGAUGUUCACAUUAAGUCUGUCUUACGAGAGCCGUAUACGGUCCGUGUGGCGGACCAGACAGCCAUGAGAGGCAGUGUAGCCGUCUUCAAGUGCAUUAUUCCUUCCUCUGUGGAGAAAUACGUCUCUGUCGUGGCAUGGGAGAGAGACACAGUCCCCCUCGUCUCAGGACCUCAGUUUCUCAUAACGUCCACGGGAGCUUUGUACAUCCUGAACGUGCAGAAGGAGGACGAGUUGUUCAACUACCGCUGCAUGACGAGGCAUCGCUACACCUCAGAGACAAGGCAGAGCAACAGUGCCCGGCUCUUUGUGCCAGACCCGACAAAUUCAGCUCCAACGAUCCUCGAUGGCUUUGAGAAACGAGAGAUCAUGGCCUCCCACAGAGUGGAGCUUCCAUGCAAAGCUUCAGGCCAUCCAGCACCAAAAUACCGCUGGCUAAAGGACAACAGGCCACUGGAGCCGGAUAGUCGAUUCAGACAGAGCGUGACUGGGCUGCUGAUCGAACGGGCGCAACCCAGCGAUUCGGGAAGCUACGUGUGUGAGGUGUGGAACAAAUACGGUAAUGCUGAGGUCAGCGGUCACCUUGUGGUCAAGGAACCAUUGCGGGUGGUGGUCAGUCCAAGGAAAGUGAAAGGCAGCGUUGGCAGUCAAGUGUCCCUGACCUGCAGCGUCACCGGCUCCGAUGAGUACGAGCUUUCCUGGUACCGUAAUGGCGACAAGAUCAACGAAGGGGGUGGAGUCCACAUGAACGGCAUCAACAAGGAGAACCUGGUGAUGGAUGGCAUGGCCAAGAGCGACGGAGGAGCCUACCAGUGCUUUGCUCAGAAAGGAAAGCUGUCAGCUCAGGAUUUUGUGCAGGUCAUCUUAGAGGACGGCACCCCCAAGAUCUUGUCCGCCUUCAGUGAAAAAGUGGUGAGCCCCAACGAAUUUGUCUCACUGACGUGCCACGUGAAGGGGACGCCGCAGCCCGUGGUGACGUGGACGCUGGACGACGACGUCGUGUUGAAGGACAGCCGUCAUCGCAUGGGCCACACCGUCACUGCCGAGGGGAACGUGAUCAGCUACCUGAACAUCUCGCACACGCAGGUCCGAGACAGCGGCGUCUACCGGUGCACCUGUAACAACUCGGCGGGCACGGUCUCCUACCAGGCUCGAAUAAACGUAAGAGGUCCUGCUGACAUUCGCCCCAUGAAGAACCUCACUGCCAUUGCCGGUCGAGACACGUACAUUCACUGCCAUGUCAUUGGAUACCCGUACUACUCCAUCAAAUGGUACAAGAACUCCAACCUGCUGCCCUUCAAUGACAGACAGCGAGCGUUUGAAAAUAAUGGUACUCUGAAGCUUCUGAAUGUUCAGAAAGAACUGGAUGAGGGUGAAUACUCCUGCCACGUCCUCGUCCAACCACAGGUCUUUAAAAACCAGAGCGUCCAUGUCACUGUGAAAGUUCCUCCCUUCAUCCAGCCCUUCGAGUUCCCGCGCUACUCUAUCGGUCACAGGGUCUUCGUUCCCUGCGUGGUGCGGUCAGGUGAUCUGCCCAUCUCAAUCAACUGGGAGAAAGAUGGAAAGCCUAUUAAUGCGAGUCUGGGUGUCACCAUCGACAACAUCGACUUCACCAGUUCACUGAGAAUCUCGAACCUGCAGAGAGUUCAUAACGGAACAUACACGUGUAUCGCCCGCAAUGAUGCUGCGGUUGUCAAGUACCAGAGCCAGCUCAUCGUCAGGGUUCCACCAAAAUUCACUGUCCAACCUAAAGACCAGGAUGGAAUUUAUGGGAAAGCUGUGAUCCUCAACUGUUCUGCUGAUGGAGAACCUCGGCCAACCAUAGAGUGGAAAUACUCUAAGGGUGCUGGUGUGCCUCAGUUUCACCCCAUCGCUCUGAAUUCGGGGUACAGAGUCCAGCUGCUAAGCAAUGGCUCUCUGCUAAUAAAGCACGUGCUAGAGGAGGAUGCUGGGUACUACCUGUGCAAGGUCAGCAACGACGUGGGAGCCGACGUCAGCAAGUCCAUGUACCUCAACGUCAAAAUUCCUGCCAUGAUCACAUCGUACCCUAACAACACUCUGGCAACUAAGGGUGAGAAAAUCCAGAUGAGCUGUAAGGCGCAUGGUGAGAAACCCAUCAUGGUGCGCUGGGAGAAAGAAGUGGAAAAGGAGAAGCAGUCGCACAUCAUCAAUCCCGACAUGUGGAGACACACGGUCACCAUCAAGAAAGUCGGUGAGGAGGUCAUCUCCACCCUGGAGAUUUACCCAACUCAGAGGGAAGAUUCUGGCUUUUUUUCUUGCCAUGCCAUCAACUCAUACGGUGAAGACAGAGGCAUAAUUCAGCUCACUGUCCAGGAGCCACCAGAGCCUCCUAAAGUAGAGAUUCGGGAGGUGAAGGAAAGGACCAUUGCUCUCCGCUGGACUAUGGGAUUUGAUGGGAACAGUCCUAUUACAGGCUACGACAUUGAGUGCAAAAAUAAAUCAGCCACUUGGGAAAGAGCUCGCAAAACAAGAGACGUCUCCCCAACACUGAAUCUGGCCACCAUCAUCGAACUGCACCCGUCAUCCACCUACAACAUCCGUAUGUUCGCCAAGAACCACAUCGGAGACAGCGAACCCAGCAACGAGCUCACUGUAACUACGGAUGAAGCAGAUCCAGAAGGUCCACCUCAAGAUGUGACUCUUGAAGCGAUGUCUUCUCAGAGCAUCAAGGUUACAUGGAAGGCUCCUCAGAAACAUCUCCAGAAUGGUAUGAUUAGAGGAUACCAGGUGUGCCAUAGAGAGCACUCGGUGAAUGGGAGUCACCAGUUCAUAUGUCUGAGCGUGGAGAGCACUGGUGAGACCGAGACCCUGACGCUGAACAAUUUAAAGAAAUUCACGCAGUACGAGGUGGUGGUGCAGGCAAGCAACAGCGCCGGACCCGGUCCUGCCUCCAGCGAAGUCCGGGCCACCACUAUGGAAGAUGUUCCCAGCAGACCUCCAGAGAAAGUGACAGCUACAGCUACGUCUCCUGAGACCAUCUCUCUGUCGUGGUCCACUCCUGCCAGAGAAGCUCUGAACGGUGUGCUGCAGGGCUUUCGCAUCAUCUACUGGGCCAACUUGCCGGACGGAGAACUGGGUGAGAUCAGGAACAUCACCACACUACAGCCUCCUCUGGAGCUGGACGGCCUGGAGAAGUUCACCAACUACAGCAUCCAGGUGCUGGCGUUUACCCGGGCUGGAGACGGCGUCCGCUCUGAGCAGAUCUACAUCCGCACCAAAGAGGAUGUUCCAGGCCCACCAGGAGGGGUGAAGGCUGCAGCAGCAACCAACUCGAUUGUGUACGUUUCUUGGCUCCCACCACUCAAGCUCAAUGGUGUAAUCAGGAAAUACACAGUGUUCUGUUCCAGCUCAUAUCCCACGGUGGUGAAUGAGUUUGAAGCGGCUCCAGAUGAGUUUCUUCACAAGGUGCAGAAUUUGAGUCGGAACAGGAAGUACAGCAUCUGGGUGAUGGCGGUGACGGCUGCGGGACGAGGCAACAGCAGUGAGGUCAUCACUGUCGAACCCCUCGCCAGAGCUCCUGCCAGGGUCCUCACCUUCAGUGGUACAGUAACGACCCCCUGGAUGAGAGAUAUCGUCUUGCCCUGCAGAGCUGUAGGAGAUCCACCACCCACCGUUAAAUGGAUGAAGGAAAGUGGGAGCCCGGGCCCUGCCAUCAUCGACGGGCGGCGCAGCAUACAUGGGAAUGGAAGUUUUGUCAUCAAGGGUGUGAAAGCUGAGGAUUCUGGGUAUUACAUCUGUGUUGCCAGCAAUAACUGGGGUACUGAUGAGAUAACAUUGAACCUACAGGUGCAAGUCCCCCCAGAUCAGCCGCGUCUCACGGUGACCAAAACGACGACCACAUCCAUUACGCUUUCCUGGAUACCAGGGGAUAAUGGCGGUAGUUCCAUCAGAGGGUACAUUCUGCAGUACUCAGAGGACAACAGUGAACAAUGGGGGAAUAUUCCCAUCAGCCCCAGCGAGCGCUCGUACCGACUGGAGAAUCUGAAGUGCGGCACAUGGUACAAGUUCACCCUGACUGCCCACAAUGCCGUGGGUCCGGGUCGCAUCAGUGAGAUCAUCGAAGCGAAGACUCAUGGGAAAGAACCCCAGUUCUCCAAAGAGCAGGAACUGUUCACCAGCAUUAACACUACAUGCGUACGACUCAAUCUGAUCGGAUGGAACGACGGAGGUUGUCCGAUCAUAUCCUUCACUCUGGAGUACAGACCUCUGGACAGUCUGGUGUGGACCAAAGCUCAGCGUACGUCUCUUACCAAGAGUUACACACUGAUGGACCUGCAGGAAGCCACGUGGUAUGAGCUACAGAUGAAGGUGUACAACAGCGCCGGGUUGGGAGAGAAGCGGGUCGAGUUCGCCACGCUCAACUAUGAUGGCAGCACUAUACCGCCACUGGUGAAGACAGCCGUGAAGAACCCAGUGAAGAAAAGCAAUAACGAGGGAAUGAAGAUGAUGGUGACCAUCUCGUGCAUCCUGGUGGGCAUGGUGCUGCUCUUUGUCCUGCUCAUGGUGCUCAGGAGGAGGAGGAGGGAGCAGAGACUCAAGAGGCUCAGAGAUGCAAAAAGCUUAGCAGAAAUGCUAAUGAGCAAAAACACCAGACCUUCAGACACUCUGAACAAACAACAGCAAACCCUACGCAUGCACAUCGACAUUCCCCGGGCUCAGCUCCUCAUCGAGGAAAGAGACACCAUGGAGACAGUGGACGACAGAUCUACCGUGCUGCUCACUGAGAACGAUUUUGGUGAGACCGCCAAGCAAAAAACGACCACAGCGACACACACCGUCCACUACCAGUCUCUUACCCAAGCCACGGGGCCGCUGGUGGACGUUUCGGAUGUUCGGCCCGGGACGAGCAAAAGCAGCCUGUCAAAUCCCACAGCACGGCGUGCAGCUAAGCCAGGGCCUGCAUCACGAAACCGCUACGCUAGCCAGUGGACGCUGAACCGUCCUCAUCCGCAAGUUUCCACUCACACGCUCAGCACAGACUGGCGGCUCGGGACGCCGCGGGUACCCGGCUCUGUGGAUAAAGAGAGCGACAGCUACAGCGUCAGCCCAUCUCAGGAUACAGGUCAGAGUUCAGAGACCCGGAGCAGCAUGGUGUCCACGGAGAGCGCCUCCUCCACCUACGAGGAGCUGGCGCGUGCCUACGAGCAUGCCAAAAUGGAGGAGCAACUCCGGCAUGCCAAGUUCACCAUCACCGAGUGCUUCAUAUCGGACACGUCCUCCGAGCAGAUGACGGCCGGCACCAACGACUACACGGACAGCCUGACGUCCAGCACGCCAUCCGAGUCGGGCAUCUGCAGGUUCACUGCCUCACCGCCCAAACCUCAGGACGCAUGCAGGGUCAUGAACAUGGCUGUGCCCAAAGCCCACCGGCCAGGGGGCGAGCUGGUACACCUCCCACCGUACCUGCGCAUGGACUUCCUAUUGAACAGGUCCUCAUCGGGCCUGGAGCCUCAGAAGACCCGGUCCCUGAAGCGGCCCAGCCUGGUGCCAGCCCCAUCCGAGGUGUCUGCCGCCAGAGAGGCACAGCAGUGGCAGCCCGGCACCGGAGCCUCCACGCUGCCCCAGAGGGAGGCCGGCUCGGACUUGGCACAGGCUGCCAAGCUCAGCACGUCACAGGAGUCUCUCUUAGACUCGCGGGGACACUUAAAACAGAGCAGCAAUCCAUACGCCAAGUCCUACACGCUGGUAUAACCCAGAGGACACGGACCGGACACUCCUACAUACAUACACAUACACACAUACACACAGAUAAAUACAUACACACACUCACACACACACAGGCACACGGUGAAUAAACUCACGCUUGUACAUAACGGCCUGCCGGAGGGCCACUGCCGAUUCUUUACUUUCUUUUAUGCUUUUUUAAACACGUGGAUCCACUUUAAAAAAAAAAAAACAUACAUACUCCAGAUGGGAGAAGAUUUUGAGACGAUGUUCACGAUUUAUUUGAGAAAUAUUAUUAUUAUUAUUAUAAUUAUUAUUAUUAUUAUUAUUAUUAUUAUUAUUAACAUGAUUUUUUUUUACUAAUUAUUAAUUACUAUUAUUUACAGUAUGUUAGCAUUAGUAUGCACUAGAAUGACUGGAAGCCCAUUUUUUUCUACUGAACUUUAUUUGUGUAAUUAUUAAGAAAAUAAUACAAUUACAUAGUUUGAGAGAGCGUGUGUGAUCACCACUGUUCCAAAGUUGUCACUGUUUUCAGAUUUUUAAUAUUUUAAACGUUUCAUAUGGGUGCAUGGGGAGCGACCAAUAAUCUAUGAUGAGAUGAAAAAAAAAUCUGAAAUAGAGAGCGGCUGGGAAACCCGGCUGAUAAUUUUUUCCUUUUCUUUUUUUUUUCAUUUAGAAAUGAAAUGUGAAGAUUUAGUAUUCUUAUGAUGAUAAAUCUAUAAAUUAUAUAUAUUAAAUGAGAAAUCGAUUUUAUUUGUGGGUGAUACAGGGGAAAAUUUGAUUUGAUUGAUUAAUAAAAGU